GCUUUUAUUGUGAGUGUCACGUUGUGCGGCUAAAAGCAGCAACAAUCAGCUGAUCUCUCACUCGCAGCUUUUCUUUCAUUUCGGCUCUUUGCUGGCGUCUCUUCCCAUAAAACGCGGUGUGGACAUUAAAAUAAAAGGUUUGGAGGUUUGCAGACGAAGGAAACGCUGACAUGGCUCCAACGCUGUAUGAUGAGAAACCCGAGCCAGGGGACUUGAUUGAAAUCUUCCGUGGCUCCUAUCAGCACUGGGCUGUUUACGUUGGUGAUGGCUUCGUUGUUCACUUGGCACCACCCUCUGAGGUCGCGGGUGCAGGUGCCAACAGUAUGAUGUCUGUCCUGGCUGAGAAGGCCAUUGUGAAAAAAGAGGAGCUGUGGGACGUGGUGGGAACCGACAAGUGGACAAUCAACAACGGCCUGGACAAGAAGUACACUCCCCGCCCUGCUCGUGUUAUUGUGAGGGAGGCCUGUGCGCGGGUGGGCACAGAGCUACCCUACUGCGUUUUCAGGGGAAACUGUGAGCACUUUGUGAACGAGCUUCGCUACGGCAAGGCCGAGUCCCGGCAGGUGCGUAAAGCGGGAGAAGCCGCCGUGGUUGCUGGCGUCGUGGGUCUGGGUGUCUUCGCUCUGGCCAGCAUUCUGUUUGGAAGCAGCAAAAAAGAGAACAAAAACACAGAGUGAUGUUGUUCUCUUGGUCACAUCUGUAGGGGCUUGAUUAACCAGAUCACCAGCGAAGUCUAACCGGCACUUAUCGUAAUCAGCCACAGAUAACACUGCCUAUUUUAGGUGAAAAAUAAUAGUUAGUCAUCAGGUUGAUUUCUAUCCUAUAUACUCAACUUCACCUCUGUCAGCGCCUCCUACUUGACUUGGUUUAAAGAACAAUGUAAGGCUGGCUGCUUUGGGAUCAAGGCCCUCUAUCUUUUAAUUGCCUUCAAAAAUUUAUGCUCCAAGCACAAUUUCAACCAACAGUGUUUACACUUGUUGAAGUGCCAACAUGAAGUAUGCUUAAAUGUUUUCAUAUGGUAUUCUGAAGAUUUCUGUACAUAUAUUUUGGAUUAUGACAAAUGUAAAGGGUGUCUUUUAUGUGUAACUUUACAUAAUGAAUAAUAAUUUAAAAAUGGUUAUAUGGUAGAUAUAAGCUACUUCAAUUAAAUAUAUUGGGAUCUGAGGUUACAAUUAGCCAUUACCAAACAAACUAAUAAUUACCUAAAAUAAGCUUGUACGAUGAAGUGUUUCAACAUCGGACAGAACGGUCAUGUUACCACAGUACUCUGAAGUAUUUGUAACAAUUUUGAAUCAAGAUUAAUUUGUCAGUAUCUUGAUGGUAAUGUUGCUUUUUAACAAUCCUUUGAAAUUAAAAAGAAAAUAAAAAAGUUUAA